CAGUCACGUGACGCCGAGAGUAACGGGCGGAUAUUUUCAAAAUGGAAGAAAGGAGAAAGUUUUGGAGGGGAUUAAAAUACCAACAUUUACUUGUUUUAUCGAAGGUCGAUUACAUCCGCUGAGGAGUUCAAACGAAUAAACAUGCGUUGAAUCAUCGUUUUGAAACGGUUGGAAAGAUCAAGAAGCAAGAUGAGUGUUUCAAUCGGUGAUAAAAUCGAGGAUUUCAAAGUUCUUACCCUCCUUGGCAAGGGAUCAUUUGCAUGUGUUUACCGGGCAAAGUCAGUGAACACUGGCUUGGAGGUGGCAAUUAAAAUGAUCGACAAGAAAGCCAUGCAUAAAGCAGGUAUGGUCCAGCGAGUGAGUAAUGAAGUUGAGAUUCAGUGUCGACUGAAGCAUCCAUCAAUUCUAGAGCUGUACAAUUACUUUGAAGACAGUAACUAUGUGUACUUAGUGUUGGAGAUGUGCCAUAAUGGAGAGAUGAGUCGAUACUUGAAAGAAAGGAAGGUGCCCUUCUCCGAGGAUGAAGCACGGCACUUCAUGCAUCAAAUUGUGAAAGGCAUGCUAUACCUGCAUACACAUGGCAUCAUGCAUCGGGACUUGACCCUCUCUAAUCUGCUGCUGUCGAGCAACAUGAACCUAAAAAUAGCUGACUUUGGCCUAGCCACCCAAUUAAAGCUCCCCAGCGACAAGCACUUCACUAUGUGUGGCACACCCAAUUACAUCUCCCCAGAGGUGGCCACCCGCAGUGCCCAUGGUCUGGAGUCUGAUGUCUGGUCUCUGGGCUGCAUGUUCUACGCCUUCCUGAUGGGCCGGCCCCCGUUUGACACAGACACAGUGAAGCACACCCUGAACAAGGUCGUCCUCGGGGAGUAUAGCAUGCCCAGCCACGUGUCUCAGGAGGCCCAGGACCUGAUCCACCAGCUGCUGAGGAAGGACCCUGGACAGCGGCCUAGCCUGUCUGCCGUGCUGGACCACCCCUUCAUGACCCAAAGCCUGCUGGCCAGGACCAAGGAGCUGAGCCUGGGGGAACCGGGCUCCAUGGACAGCGGCAUCGCCACCAUCUCCACAGCCUGCGCCUCAUCUGGCUCCGGCAGUAGCCGUCUCCAGAGAAGAGCCAGGCGUGGGAUGGGACCCGCCCUGCCUAACCGCAUGACGCCUGUCCCCACCCUGACGCGGCCAUCCAGCGACGCCUGCCUUGACGGGCCUGACCAUUGGCAGGAGCAGCACCCCGACAGAGCAGGCAGGAGCAGGGCAGCUCCAGGCGGGGGGAAUGGAAGGCCCCACUCCCGUUACCUACGGAGGGCUCACUCCUCGGACCGAUCCAGCUCCUCGGCCACUUCCACCCGUGAGCUGGAGAGGUGCCACUCUGAGGAGACGCUUACUGGGUUGGGGAGACUGGCCUUUCCUGUCUCCUCCAGCUAUAAAGACACAACACCGCCCUUUGCAGAGCGUGGACGCCUCCCAUCCCCGCCUGUCAAACAGCCAAGCAGUCCACGGUGUUUAUAUUCAACACAGCAACCAUUCCAGCUAAAGGAGUCAGAAGGGUUACAGAAUUGGUUCAGUAAAGAAGGUCCGUUACCGAGGCCCACCGAUGCCAGUUCUCACAGCAGCAGCGGAGGAAGGGAGCCUCUCGGUGUACAUAACUCCUGGAGCGACAAACCAGCGGGUAGAGGUCCUCACUUCCACCACCCCUCCAACACAGAGUCUUACCGGGAGAACGAGCAGCCAGGUCCUGUGGGAGAGCUGCACAGUCUGUCUAAACCCAGUGGAGAAAAUGACAAGAAGUCCCUGAGAAAUGUGCUCCCUCCCCUGUGUGCCGCCAGACUGAAGCCGAUCAGACAGAAGACUAAGAACGCUGUGGUGAGCAUUCUGGACACAGGAGAGGUGUGUAUGGAGCUGCUCAAGGGCCUGGGCGCUCAGGAGAGGGUCAAAGAGGUCCUCAGGAUAUCCUGCGACGGUUUGAUGGUCACUAUAUUCCAGCCAAAUGAGGGGAAGGGUUUUCCUGUGCUAGACCACCCCCCUGCUCCUCCUGAAGACAUACUGAUCUGCAGCUAUGAGGACCUACCAGAGAAGUACUGGAAGAAAUACCAGUAUGCCUCCAAGUUUGUGCAGCUUGUGAAAUCCAAGACUCCCAAGGUUACCCUCUACACCAAGUACGCCAAAUGUAUGCUGAUGGAGAACUCCCCCAAGGCAGACCUGGAGGUUUGCUUCUACGAUGGAGCAAAGACCCACCUGACAUCGGAGCUGGUCCGGGUGGUGGAGAAGACUGGGAAGUCGUACACGGUGAAGGGGGAGGUGGGUCUGAGCGGCCUCAGCCCAGAGAGCAGGGUCUACGUGGAACUGUCUGACGAGGGCCACAGAAUGUGUCUAUCUCUAGAGGCGGCCAUCACUGCAGAAGAGCAGCACAGUGCCAAGAGCACCCCAUUCUUCCCCAUCACCAUUGGCAGGAGGCCUGCCACCCCAGACACCUCCUGCUCGUUGUCCCAACCUGGCCCUGCUGACGGGGUGUCACCACCCCAGCCCCCACGCAUCACUCCCUCUAUGAUCUCCUACAACGGGUCCGACUUCACCUCAGCCAGUAUGAAGAAAACCACCGCGCUGACAGUCAGUCUCGACCACGCCACCAACGCGGGGAAGGUGCUCAAGUCUGUGUUUGUGCCAAAUAUUGGUUGGGCCUCCCAGCUGACCAGUGGGGAGGUGUGGGUGCAGUUCAAUGAUGGCUCCCAGCUGGUGGUGCAGGCGGGGGUCUCCUGUAUCAUCUACACGUCUCCAGAGGGACGGACCACCAGGUACAAGGAGAACGAGAAGCUGCCAGAGCCUGUGAAGGAGAAGCUGCACUGUCUGUCCACCAUCCUGGGCCUGCUGGCCAGUCCAGCAGCGUGCCGCUGAAUCCAGAGGCUCUUACCCUGUCAGGUCCUUGUACAGGGAGGGGCGACUGACCGGCUGUAUACUGAGACAUGCGUACCUCUCAAAUGUGCUUGUAAAUAUGACAUAUGUACAGAUGACAAAUUAUGAAAAGAUAUAUAUUUUCUUAAGUGCCCAUGUUGUAAAGUAUAAUCUUGUUGUUGAAAAAGUGUGCGUGUGUGUGUUUGCGCAAGUCUUUUUAAAUGUGUCUAUGUUGUCUGUUGUUUAACCAUUAUUUCCAUGAAAUGUAAUUCAAAAAAGCUCAAGCAAUAAACAUCUGCAGGCUG